AUGGAAACUCUCUCAGAACUUUUCGGCAAGCUCAAAAUGCUGGACCCCGCAAAGGAUGGGCAGCAGCAUGCAGAGGAUGCCUGCAUGCGCGCAGUUCAUUUGAAUAUGCUUACUAUGGCGGGCCAGCCCGGCGCCCCAUCCGUGCUCAGCGCAUCGCAGUGGGAGUUUCAUCACGCCAUUAUGCAGGGCAAGGAUCUCGUCGUUGCUCGUCCCUACAGAAGUUGGGUCAUGGAGAGUGUUUCCUUCAAUUUGUUAGAUGAGUGGAGUAUAUAG